AUGGCUACCAAUUUUGCUUAUCGUAUUCUCCAAAAACCCAAAAACAUAACUGAUGAACAACAAAUGUCACAAUAUCUUUCCCAACCAGUUGAUUUCGGUCCUUGGGAAUCUAGUAUGCCGGAUGAAUUAUUCAAAGAAGAAGUUGAUUUUGGUCGGGUUAUUGUGUAUUCCAACCCUCAACAGCCGCAUGUCCAACGUAAUGCAUAUAUAUCAGAUGUGAAAAAGAGUAUUGAACAUUAUUUUUCUCCAUCUACGGAGGUGAAUAUUCAUCCAUCCAAUAUACUGUGGUUUUGGAGACGGCUAAAACAAGUAGAUAAACCAAUAAGUAUUAUAUUACAAAAUACGAACCGAUUAUUUGAUGGGAAAAAUUUAGAUUGUUUUGAUGGAGAGUUUAUGGAAUUUAGUGAAAAAGUUAAAGCACUUAACAACGGAAUAGCAUGGAAUUAUUCUUUGAGUACGAUAACCAAUAUUGAUUUAUUAAAUAAAGCAAUUAAAUCGAAACAAUAUUUUUCCAUGAAUAAUCAUCGUGAAUUCAUUCGAGAAACCCAGAAUUUCAAUUGGAAACAAAUCGAAAAUGAUAAUGAUAAAUUGGUUCAACAAUUAUCAUUAGCUUAUCAGGUGAAGGUCAUCGACAAAAGGAAUGAAACGAUUGUUCAACCGGAUGAUAAAGACCUUCUUGCCACUAUUUCCAACUACAUAAAGAAUUCAUUCGAACGAAGCCAUGCGACUGAGACAUAUUUAUCCACCAUGCCAUACGAUAUCGAAUAUAAUACAUUCAGCAUCUUAACCAUCAACCGACCCAGUGCCAAAGAUAAUCAUCGGGCGUUAGUUGAAUUAUUGGAAGAGUCACCCUAUAAAAUAAUCGCAGCAAGACUAUCCACCCAUUUGGCAAUGAGAAGAUUGUUAGAUGACUAUAAUAGAAGUUUAACGUCCCAGAGUGGUUCGAGGUUGGGAUAUACGGAAAAAUUAGAAUUUGAAAGACAACGUCGGGAAAUAACGAGAAAUAAUUGUCUUGGAGAUUUAUUAACUUUGUUGGGUAAAAAGGGAUUAGUGAAUGUGUCUAAUGGUCCGAGAUGUAUAUACCUUUUAUCGUAG